ACUUGCAUCACCCUGCUUCCCAAGCCCGGCUGCAGCGGCCGGGACCCUCCGCUUGCCGCGGCCGCGCCCAAUGACACGAUGGCUGGCCCUGGCGGCGCCGGUGAUGGGGGAGGUGCUUACAGCACAGGACUUCAUCGUUUAUCCAGGCUACACCGGCAACUUGGUGGUCAGUGGAGAGGUGAACAUCUCGCUCAUAGGGUUUGGUAUCCAGACCGUGGGCUUUGCCCUGACGGGCCUGGACCCUGCGUGCUCAGGCCCCGCAACCGCGCCAAAUGCCUGCGGAAUCCACGUCCACCGUGGUUCCUCCUGCGCUGACGCCGGAGGUCACUACUGGAACGGCUCUGCGGUGAUGUCCGAUCCCUGGAGCCUGGGCCCUUUGUACAACGGCUCGGACUCGGCGGGCCAAGCGAACAUUGCUACUGGCUACUCCACUCGCUCCAUGGGCGGCAAGGCCGUGGUGAUCCACGACAUUUCGGGGGGCCGUGUGGCUUGUGCCUUGCUGCGGCCAGUGGCGUGGGCGGACUGGCAUGAGGUGGGCCACUGCUACGCAGAGCAGGACUGGCGUAGCCAAUCCUGGCUGAACUUUACCGGCGCCUUCGCGCGGUGUGGCCCCUCGAGCGUUUGCAUCGCGGAGCACAAGUUGUGUCGAGAGAGCUGCGCCAGCGACGAAGAGUGCGAGCAGUUCCCUUUGCGCAUUUGCGACGCUGCCACCUGCAAGCACAAGGCCCUCUUCGGCAUCGGCGGCGGAACGGACGUGGGAGUGGCGGUGCUCUUCUUCCUUAUCAGCGGCUUGGCCUUGAGUGCCGGCAUCGGGGGAGGCGGCCUCUAUGUGCCCCUGCUGGUGGUUCUUCUAGGAUUCCAGGUGCACGAGGCCACGGGCUUGUCGCAGGCAUGUCUGGCCGGAGGCGCCUGCAGCGCCCUGGUCUACAACUUGCGUCAGCGCCACCCCUCGGGCCGGAAGCCCAUGAUCGACUACGACCUCGUGCUCAUCAUGGGCCCCAACUUGCUGCUGGGAGCCAUGGUGGGGAGCUUCCUGAACUUCGCGCUGCCGUCCUGGCUGAUCUUGGCGCUGCUGAUGGUCAUCCUCAUCCACUCGGUGAUCACCACCUUCAAGAAGGCCUUGGAGACCUUGAAGAAGGAGCGGGCGGGCCAGGUGCAAGCAGGGAGUGACCGGCUUGACAAGAACCCAGUCGAGCGGUGCCUGAGGCUGCUCGGCCUGGGCAAGCGCUACGCCGAGUUCCAGGAUCGAGGCGAUCGCCGCGACGGCGCCGGCGACCGCGCGGCCGCGCAAGUGGUGGGCAAGACGGUGGAUGCAGGCGAGAUUCAGCUGGAGAUGGACACAGAGAAGAAUCUGGAAAACACAGGCGCCGAGCUCGCGGAGCUGGAGAAGGCCUCCACCGCCUCGGCCUCCAUCGCCUCCAUCGCCAGCGUGGUGACGGGCGACGGGAAGAGCGAGCCGCAGUUCCCAAAGGGAAAGCUGGCAGGCUUCCUCCUCAUGUGGGCCCUGCUGGUUUGCAGCAUCCUGCUCCGCGGCGGCCGCGCCGCCCCGGGGAGCUUCCCCAUGUGCUCGACCAUGUACUGGGCCAUCGUCGCGGUCACGGCUUUGGCCCUGGCCUUGCUCAGCGCGGCCUCAGGCGCCAGCGCCGUGUACGCGGACCAAGGCCGUACAGCGGAGGAGGGUGCCAUUCUUUGGACGUCCAAGACCGCCUGGUAUGUGUCCAUUUGGUCGCUGCUUGCAGGCACCAUGGCGGCCUUGUGUGGCAUCGGCGGCGGCAUGAUCAUGGGUCCAAAGCUGCUGGACUUGGGUUGCUUGCCACAGGUUCAGAGCGCUACCACAGCAACGACCCUCUUCGUGAUGUCAACAUCCACGGUGAUCUCUUUCCUGGUGCAAGGCACUGCCCAGUUGGACUACUCCCUGUGGCUUGGCGGUGCUACGGCACUGGGUGCGGUGGUGGGCAAAGCGGUGGUGGGCUGGGUGGUGAAGCGGACCCAGCGGCCUUCCGUCAUCAUGUUCCUCCUGGGUGGCAUCAUCGCUGUCUCCGUGGUCGUGAUGUCCAUCACAGGUUUGAUUGACGUGGUCGAUGACAUCAGCCAAGGCAAUGACCUGGGCUUUCGUGACCCCUGCUCAUAGAUGUACAGAUGAGGCACAGGGCAAGCGCGUGUUGCAGGCGCUUGGUCAAAGUAUGGUUCGUUGAGACAAUCGUGGCUCGGUGGGGAACUGUCAAUUGACCUUGACGCAGUUC